AUGGCUCUCGACUCUCAGGGAAUCCUUGCAGCGGUGACCAUCGCAAUGUAUAUUCCCUUCCUGUUCAUUGCCAUCAAGUUGGUGAUGAAGUACGGCAAAUCGCGAGGUGAUGGUUGGAUCUUGUUGUUGGCAUUUAGCAUCAUCCGACUAUUGGGAGGUGUUUUGCUUGUCGCAGCUGAGGCUAUCACGCCCGCAAACAUUUCACUUUACGACGGCGGCUAUGCCCUAGCGUCAUCUGGCCUAUCCCCACUGUUGCUUUGCACGCUGGGUAUGUUGCAUUCAAUGUUCCGAACUCCCGAUGGCUCGUUGAGAUAUAACAAACAAUUUCGCCUUCUUCAACUCCUCGGCAUGGUCGCUCUCAUCCUUACCAUGAUCGGCACCUCCGAGGAGACAAGUUCCAGUUCAGGCUCGAGUGGGAACACCAUGGGCAGGGUCGGUGUGAUCCUCUUUUGCGCCCUAUACAUCAUCCUUAUCGGCGUUUGCGUCUACGUAUGGACCCAAGUUGGCUUUGUCAUGAGAUACCACAAGCAGUUUUUGAAGGCCAUCUCUAUCGCACUUCCAUUCUUGGCCGUUCGGACACUCUACGGCGUUCUGUCCACAUUCUCUUCGAGCACGCUUUCGGUAACCGGAACCACCGAGUCCAACACCGGCGAUCUGGCAAAAUUCAACAUGGUCACGGGCGAAUGGCAAAUCUACCUCGUAAUGGACAUGCUCAUGGAGUACGCCGUUGUGAUCAUCUAUGCUGUUGCAGGCAUCGUGCUUCCCCUCAACGAAGAUUACAAGCCUGCAGAUUCUAUCAAGACGAGUACCCUUUGA